AUGUGCACCCUUCGCUCCCUGGGGCACUCACCUGCAGCAGCCAUAAUUAGGAGCCUGAAAGCCCAACUGAAGACAUCUCCAAGUGAGAAACCUUGGAAAGCCGAGCUGCCCCAAAUCCCGGCUCAUUUUGCUCCGUUGCUUCGAACCGUGGCACUGCCCCGAGCGGCCUCACCGCCCCCAGCUGCGGCGCUGCCGCGAGUGGCCUUGCCAGAGUGGCAUCAUUCUGGGAAGCGGUCCUGUCCGGGGACCGACCUCGUCAGCAGCGGCCUCGUCCUGGGAGCGGCCUCAUCCAGAGUGGCCUCUUCUUGGGAGCAGCCCCAUCCGGGGAGCAGCCUCGCCGGAGCAGCCUCAUUCCGGGGAGCGGCCCUGUCCGAGAGUGGCCUCGUAGGCAGUGGCCUCAUCGGAGCGGCCUCAUCCUGGGAGCGGCCUCAUCUUGGGAGCGGCCUCAUCCAAAGCGGCCUCGUCGGAAGCAGCGUCAUGGGGAGCAGAGUCUGCGUUGUCAGGGCUGUCGUCCUCGUCAUCAUCAUCGCCUCUUCGUCGUCGGGAGUGGCCUUGUCCACAGCGGCCUCAUCCAGAGCGGCCUUCUUGGGAGUGGCCUUGUCAGGGUCAUCGUCAUCGUCUCUUAGCUUGGCAGAGAUGGUGGCUGAGGCCAUGGCAGGUGAUGAUGAAAUUCUCCAAGGAGAGGAUAUGGAGGGAGGAGAAAAGAGGACCAAAGUGGACUUCUGA